UUUAGGAAACUAAAAAAAUUAAAUGGAGACGGGCUUUGGUUGGGUGGUGGCCGGAGGGGGGUCGCCGGCUCCGUCACCAAUGAUUUUCACACAAACCACAAGAUCGCCGUACUCCCUUCUUUCUUCUUUCUUUCUUUCUUUCUUUCUUAAUCCGAGGAUUCAUGGAAAUCCCAGUUGACUGCAGCUCAUGAACCUCGUCUGUCGUCCCAAAGUGGCGAACUUGACCCCUCGGGUUCGUCCAUACGCCACUUCCUCCUCUUCAGCUUCUUCCAUUACUGGCACCCUUCUCCAUCUCCUUCACCUCUCAUCCGCCACGCAUUCCUCCCGGCUGACCCAGCAAUCCCACUCCCUCGCUCUCACCGCCGGCCUCCUCUCCCGAGCUCCCCACCUCGCCACAAAGCUCAUCUCUGCUUACUCUGCCUGCAAACUCCCAUCCCACUCAAAACUCGUCUUUGACUCCGUUCCUGACAAGGACGUCUGUUCCUGGAACUCCCUCAUUAAUGGGUUUGUGAAGAACCAUUCGUACCGCGAGGCUUUCGCUCUGUUUCGCGAAAUGUGCCGGGGCGGUGUGCUGCCAGAUGAUUAUACUCUUGCUUCAGUGUCGAAAGCCGCCGGCGAGAGCCGGGACUUGUCCUGUGGUACAUUAGUCCAUUCCAAGAGCGUCAGAGUUGGGUUUGUGUUGGACACUGUUCUCACUAACUCUUUGAUGUCGAUGUACUGCAAGUGCGGGGAGUUCGGGAGUGCCAAGAAUUUGUUUGACGGAAUGCCUGAGAGAAAUGUUAGUUCUUGGAAUGUGCUGAUAACCAGCUUUGCGGGUUUGAGCGGUUGUGGUUCGGGUGAAGCACUAUGGGAUGUUAUGAAGUCUAUGAGGAGCGAAGGUGUGAAGCCCGAUGCCUACACUGUUUCAAGCAUUCUGCCUUUGUGUGGCGGCGAUGCUCAGAAAUUUGAUUACGGGAGGGAGCUCCAUGGUUACAUACUGAGGAAUAAUUUGGACGCAAUAUGUGGCGUUGAUGCUCACUUGGGUUGUUGCUUGAUUGAUAUGUAUUCAAAGAAUGAAAGACUCGAUUCAGGCAGGCUUGUUUUUGACCGAAUGGAGUGCAAGAAUGUGUAUGCUUGGACAGCGAUGAUAAAUGGUUACGUGCAAAAUAGCAAGCCUGAAGAAGCUUUUGAGCUUUUCCGCCAUAUGCAGCUAAUAGACAGGAUAGAGCCCAAUAGAGUGUCUAUUGUUAGUGUUCUCCCUGCUUGCAGCAUGUUUGCUGGUCUAGUAGCAGCAAAACAGAUUCACGGGUUCUUGAUCAGAAGGCAAAUUGGUGAUGAGGUCUUGGGUUCCUUGUGUAAUGCAUUGAUUGAUGCGUAUUGUAAGUGUGGUAGCUUAUCAUAUGCUAGACGGAUAUUUGAGAGUGCUGCUUCCAGGGAUGCAAUUUCAUGGAGUUCGAUGAUCUCUGGGUAUGGAAUUCACGGGAAAGGGGAGGAAGCCAUAGCUCUGUAUAAUCAAAUGCUUCUACUUGGGAUCAAACCUGAUAAGAUUACUAUAGUAGGGGUUCUCUCUGCUUGUGUAAGGUCAGGAUUAUUCGCCAGGGGUCUUACUAUAUAUGAGAAAGCAGUGAAUGAUUAUAAAAUUGAACCCACAGUCGAGAUCUGUGCUUGUGUUGUUGACAUGCUAGGUCGGUCCAAUCAGCUUGACCGUGCACUAAGUUUUAUUAAUGAUAUGAGAGUUGAAGCUGGACCAAGUGUAUGGGGGGCUCUUGUAAAUGCUUCUACAAUUCAUGGGAAUGAUCAGAUGCGAGAAUUGGGUUACAGUUAUCUUAUCGAGUUAGAACCAGGAAACCCCUCGAACUACAUCUCAGUAUCGAACCUGCAUGCUACCUCAAGCAGGUGGGAUUUUGUGGCGGGAGUGAGGAAGAUGAUGAGGCUAAAGGGCUUGAAGAAAGAACCUGGGUGUAGUUGGAUUACGAUCAGCGGCAAGACAAACUGCUUUUAUGUUGCGGAUAAGGCGCAUCCUUGUUCGAGUUCCAUUUACAAGAUGCUAAACGCUCUCAACCUCGUCAUGAAGGGAAUUGCGAGUUCCACUGAUUCUGAAAGCUGAGAACAAUCUAAUGGAUAUCCUGCUCUAUAUGCACGAAAAAUUCUUUAACAGUGCUUCUCGAAAUUCUUCAUCAGUGCUCAUUGUGAAGAAUUGGCAAAAGUUGAACAAAAGGAUCAUGAGAAACAGGAGCCCUAGAGAAGAUUAUCACUCACGGGAUGAACAACAAAAAUCUUCAAAGAGUUACAGUUCAUGACGAUAAUUGCCAACAGUACAGUUCAGGCCUCCGAGUUACAGUGAUUCUCGAAUUACUACAUGCACAUGCUCCACUUUGCAUUACAGGAAAUGAAAAAGAAACGUAUUCCACAUUGGAGAUCAGAUUUGCAGAACAAGAGGUUCAGUUGCUACCAUAAAAUGGCUAGAACUAUCAGCUAACAGGUCCGAGUUUGGAAGAUGUUGUUCUAGAUGAGUUUGUAGUAGCAGUUCCUGCCCGAGAGAAGAAUCUGAUAGCCUUUGCCGCAGGGACAGUUGAAGUGAAUGGACAGGCAAUCCCCCAGCUCCUCCACACUCACAGAUUCCUGAUCAUUCUCUGCUUCAGCUCUGUCCUGCGACAACAACGGUCCAUUUUCUCAAUCGAACUUAGGAGAAAUUUGUUCAUUGUUUGCCCAUGGAUCAGAUGUACAGAAAAAACAAAUAUAAUCUUUUUGUUCGCUGAACCCAGUCUACGAAACAAUGAGAAUGUCACCUUUUCAGUCGCAUUGUUGUUCUGUU